AGAAAACGUUUUUCGCUUCAUUCCUCCGGGUGGAGCCUGGAAGAAGUCUAUAAAACAGUACCGAUCCGAUUGUAACAGUAAUAGGAAGGUGAAGUGUGGGCUUCAGGUUUUAACCCUCUGCUCCGAAAUGGCUGGCGGAUCCGGCUCGAAGGUGGUGCAAAUCACCAACAUUGCCCCGCAGGCAACCAAGGACCAGAUGCAGAACCUAUUCGGUCACAUUGGUAAGAUUGACGAGAUCCGCCUGUAUCCGACGAUUAGGGACGUUUCGUGUCCGGUGGUGUCCCGCAUCUGCUACGUCAAGUACUUCGAGGGUACCUGUGUCGCCGUGGCCCAGCACCUGACCAACACGGUCUUUAUCGAUCGGGCGCUGAUUGUGAUCCCCGUUCAGGGUGGAAUGAUACCGGAUGAGUACAAGGCGCUGGAGAUGGCCGCCAAUGGGACGCUGGUGCCAGGGUUGCACAGCAUCGAAGGGCCGACCAAGCUGCCACCGGAGGUCGUUAACCGCAUCGAUGGGAUGGUUCCCAAUCAGGUGAUGAAAACGAUCGAUCCGAAGUUGGAGGAGCAUAACCUUCCGGAGUAUCCGCCUCUACCGGUCAAUUUCGAUGCCAAGAAGAUUGAGGAAACUCGCCGCACCAUCCUUAUAUUGGAUGUCAAGUCUGAUUGGCGGCUGGAGGAGCUGAUGGAUCAUUUCAAGAUGGCCGGAGAGAUCAAGUAUGCUCGUUUCGCUGAAAACGAGCGAUCUCGCUACGCUCUGAUGGAAUUUUGCGAGCAAAAGAGCAUUAUAGGGGCUCUGAAGGUGCAUGGAUCGGAAUUCCGUGGGUAUCGGUUGAACGUCCACCAUUCUACGCAGCCGAUAGUCAAACCGGAAGCGAAGAGCAACGAGGCAGCCCAGAAGGAGAUUGAGGAAGCCAUGUCGAUUGUGAAGGAAGCUCACAAUAUGAUUUCGGCUGCCAUCGAUCCGGUCAUUGGAAUGCUGACCAAGGAUAAGAGUUCAAAUCGUCGCCGAUCGCGUUCGCGUUCCCGCUCUAAAGAUCGUCGCACGAGAUCCCGGUCCCGGAAGCGUUCCAAGUCACGCUCAAAACGUUCGCGAUCGCGUAAACGUUCCCGUAGUCGUUCGAAACGUUCUCGGUCCCGUUCGAAGCGCUCCCACUCGAAGCGGUCUCCAUCGCGAAGCAAGCGCUCGCGAUCCCGUUCCAAGCGCUCCCGGUCUCGUGAUCGCCGCAAACGUUCACGCUCGCACCGCCGUAGCCGUUCUCGCUCGCGUGAUCGUCGUCGUUCGCGAUCGCGUGAUCGUAAACGUUCCCGCUCGAGGGAACGUCGUGAUCGUAGCCGCGAUCGGAAGAAGUCGCACCGCAGCAAGGACGAGCGGAGACAUCGUACCCGAUCCCGUUCCCGCAGUCGUAAGCGUUCUACCUCGCGUAGUCAUACCAGCAAACCGAAGGAGCCGAUCCGUGUGUCCAAGAAGCGCAGUCGUUCUCCGGAUAAGCGAUUGAAGAAGAUUCUCGAGGAGAGCGUUACUACGCGGGACUACGAUGCCGAGGAACGUAUCGGUGGCGAAGAGGAUACCACUACUGCUACUACGACGACUACUACUACUGCGAAGAGUUCACCACCGCCGCCGCCACCACCAGCGCGGGAGAAGACGGCCAGCCCGACAACGGAGAAAUCGGACAAUAUGGACAUUUCCAAUUCGCCGUAGGUGAUCAGUGUGACCAGUUGCAGGUUUGCAGGUAUUUGCUUGAUCUAUUCUGACGACACCGAUUAUGCUUUUCUUUUUACUAAGAUUGAUAGUGAUAAACAGUGAACGCUCUUGUAUUUUGAGAAUGUACAAGAGUGACUCUUUCUGAUUGUAAUACUUUUCCGAUUGCUAAUGUCUGUAAGCGUAAGGGAAUGAAUCUAGGUUGGAUAAAUCUA